UCGCGGGGUUGUGACGCCACCACGCCGCGCCGGAAUAGGCACUAGUACCAGAGCGCGGUUUUUAAGCCGCAGAUCUCUGCGGUUGUUCCGGGGUCCAUGUGUCCGCGGGCGUGUACCGGGUCUUCGGGUCAGUCUGUUGGUCCAUCCCGCACUUUCGUCGCCGCCAUGCCGCCUGGGAAGCCGCUGCAGCCUCGGCUGCAGAUUAAGGUUUACCAGCUGUUCCUGUGCUGGAUCAGCGAUCCCAAUACACACCGCGCUCUGCCGAACGGGCUACGGCACAUCCAGGACGCGACCCCCGACCCCACGACCUCUGACUCGGUCACCUGUGACCCCGUGAUACCCCAACCUGCGAGCCCUGAUCCCAAGACCCUUGACCUCUCUAACCGUGAACCCACCACUCGUGACCCCGAGUCUCCCGGCCCCAUCACCCACGACGCCGCAACACCCCACCGUGCGACCUUUGACCCUGCCCACGCGGUGUCCCUUGGCUCCCCCGCCUGCGUCCGACCAGCACGAGGCCAGAGGAGGAGGACAGGACCUAGAGAGGAUGCAGUGACUUAUGAUGAUGUGCAUGUGAACUUCACUAAAGAAGAGUGGAAUUUGCUGGAUCCUUCCCAGAAGAAUCUCUACAAAGAAGUGAUGCUGGAGACCUACUGGAACCUCACUGCUGUAGGCUACAAUUGGGAAGAUCAUCAUAUUGAAGAACAAUGUCAAAGUUCUACAAGUCAUGAAAGGAAUUUAAGAAGUCAUAGUGGAGAGAAACCCUAUGAAUGUAAUAAAUGUGGUAAAGCCUUUGCAAGACCCAUUCAUCUCCAAAAUCAUAAAAGAAUACAUACCGGAGAGAAACCUUAUGAAUGUAAUCAAUGUGAUGAAGCCUUUGCAAGACCCAGUCAACUCCAAAGACAUAAAAGAACGCAUACUGCGGAGAAACCCUAUGACUGUAAUCAGUGUGGUAAAGCCUUUGCAAGACCCAGUCAUCUCCAAUAUCAUAAAAGAACCCAUACUGGAGAGAAACCUUAUGAAUGUAAUCAAUGUGGUAAAGCCUUUGUAUGGCACAGUCAUCUCCAAAUACAUAAAAGAACGCAUAGUGGAGAGAAACCUUAUGAAUGUAUUCUAUGUGGUAAAGCCUUUGCAAUACUCAGUAAUCUCCAAAGACAUAAAAGCAUACAUACUGGAGAAAAACCUUAUGAAUGUAAUCAAUGUGGUAAAGCCUUUUCACAGGGGAAUCAUCUCCAGUAUCAUAAAAGAACACAUACUGGAGAGAAACCUUAUAAAUGUAAACAGUGUGGUAAAGCAUUUGCAAGACCCAGUCAUCUCCAAAGACAUAAAAGAACACAUACUGGAGAGAAACCCUAUGAAUGUAAUCAAUGUGGUAAAGCCUAUGCAGAAGAGAGAACACUCCAAUAUCAUAAAAGAAUACAUACUGGAGAGAAACCUUAUAAACGUAAUCAAUGAGGUGACGCCUUUGCAACGCCCAGUUAUCUCCAAUGUUAUAAAAUAACACAUACUGGAGAGAAACCCUAUGAAUGUAAUCAAUGUGGUAAAGCCUUUGCAACACCCAGUCAUCUCCACAGACAGAACACAUACUGGAGAGAAGCCUUAUGAAUGUAUUCAAUUUGGUAAAGCCUUUUCAUGGAACAGUACUCUCCAAUAUCAUAGAAGAACACAUACUGGAGAGAAACUUUAGGGAUGAAAUUAAUGGGGUAAAGCCUGUUCACAGGGGAGAAGUUUCCAAAAACAUAAAAGAACACAUACUGGAAAGAAACCCUAUGAAUGUAAUCUAUGUGGUAAAAGCCUUUGCACAAAGUUCUUGUCUUAAAAUCAUAAAAGAACCUUUAUUGGAGAGAUUCCUUAUGAAUGUAGUCAAUGUGCUAAAGCCUAUGCCAUAACCCAUUAGUCUCCAAAACAAAAGCUCUCAUACUGGUAAGAAACCUCAUGAAUGUAAUCAGUGUAGUAAAGACUUUUCACAACUUUGUAGUCUCCAUUAUUAUAAAAGAACACAUACGGGAGAGAAACCUUAUGAAUGUAAUCAGUUUAAAAAUCAUUUGCCUAUCACAAUUAUCUGCAACCACAUAAAAGAUCACAUACAAGAGAGAAACCACAUGAAUAUUAACAAUACGGUAAAGCCUUUGCAUGUGAUAAUUCUUUACACAUACACGAGAAAUCACACUGGACUGAACCCUUAUUAAUGUAAUUGAUGCGGUAAUAUGAUGGCAACUCACUGCCAUCUGCAAGUACAUAAUAGAACACAUUCAAGAGAGUAACCCUAUGAGUGUAAUCAGUUAAUUAACCUGUUGCUUGUCACAAUGAUCUCUGCAUACAUAAAAACAUACUGUAGAGAAACUGCAUGAAUGUAAUGAAUGAGGUAAAGCCUUUCCAGGACACAGUCAUCUCUGAAUACAUAAAAGAACAUAUGAGGAGAGAAACCUUAAGAAUGUAAUCAGUGUGAUAGAGCCUUUGCAUAUAACACUCAUUUCCAAAUACAUUAAUGAGCACAUAGUGGAGAGAAGCCCUUUGAUUGUAAUGAAUGGGUAAAGCCUUUGCAUGUCACUGUACUCACCAAAUACUUAAAGGAACACACACUUUAGAGAAACCUUAUGAGUAUAGUGAAUGUGAAGAAGCCUUUGCAUAUUAUAGUCUCCAAAGACAGAAUAGAAUACAAACUGGACAGAAAUCUUAUGAAUAUAUGCAAGGUGGAAAAAUCCUUUACAUGCCACAGUAGACUCUGAAUAGAUAAAAGGACACAUCCUAGAGCAAAACCUUUUGAAUAUAAUCAAUGUGGUAAAGCCUUUGUUUUAAUCAUAUUUAAAUGCAUGAAAGAGUUCAUAGAGAUAUAAACUGUGGUUAUUUGAAUAUGCUUGGCCCUAAGAAGUGGCACUAUUAGGACAUGUGCAUUGUGGGAGUAGAUGUUACUGUUUUGGAGUAAGUGAAUUACUAUGGUGGUGGUCUUUGGAGUGCCAGCCAGAACAAACAGCCCCUACAACUACUUGACUGGAAAACAGUCUUUUCUUGGCUGCCUUCUCAUGAACAUGCAGAACUCUUAGCUCCUUCUCCAGCAUUAUGUCUGCCUGCAUGCUGCCAUUCUUCCUGAUAUGAUGGUUGAUGGACUAAACAUUUGGAACUGUAAGCCAGGCCCAAUUAAAUACUUGCUAUCAUAGGAGUUGCCUUGGUCACAGUGCUUCUUCUCAACAAUGGAAAUUCUAUCUAAGACAGAAGUUGGUACCCCAGACUUUAACCAUUGCUGCGAUAGGCUUGAUCAUGUUUUUGUUUAGAACAAUGUGGAUUUUUAAACUUUAGAUUUGUACAUGCAUUAAGUGGAAGUUACUGGGCCAUCCUGGUAGGAGUAUGGAGGACAUAGGUACUGAAGGGUGAUUUGAACUCUGUAUAUAGUUUUUAUGAUGUUUUGCUGAAGAAUGUUGCUGCUUUUUUGCCCUCGUCUGAAGAGUAUCCUUGAAGCUAAGGUCAAGAGAUUUAUAUAAAUUGCAUUUACAAAGGAAGUCUCAGAAAAUCCCAGCAUAUCCUUUGGCCUGUGGUUACUCUCAAUAUGAUUGUUUUGAUCAAGCAUAAUA